CGUUCUGUGACUCCGAGCCCGCGUGACCACAGAGGCUGCUGUGGAGCCCUGAUAACGGGCAGAACCAAUCCGAAGCAGAAAGCGCCGCUGGGACCAAUAGCGAGGGCAACGCGACGUCGCGCACCGACGCCAGCAGAUCUAGACACCGGGGUGCCGGGUCACUAGCGGCCACACGUGGCUGUGCCCGCUGGCCGGUGAUGGCCCAACCGUUCUCCUGACUGCGUGGGAGCGGAGGAGACGCAGUGCCUCGUUGAGAUCGGCUUCUGGCAGGAAUUGGCGCGGAGCGAUGCGAAUCGCUCGCCGCCAUGGGAGCCACGUUCAGCGCGGCCAAGCAGCGCCUGCUCUCCGCAUUCCAAGCGACCCAGCACGCCGCACCCCCUCCCGACCUCGGCAUGGCUGUGAUCAUUAAAGACUUUCCAGAAUGGCAACCGCUAUUCGCAGUCGGCGAUAAAGUGAAGAUAACAGGCGUGGAUGGAGACUGGUGGAAAGUGAUGUCCAUCUGCAACAACAGAGAGGCCUUCAUCCCUGCCAGCCACACGGUGAAAGUGAAAAACAGGUGGCUCUUCGAAGCCUUGAUGCGGGAGGACGCCGAGAGGAUCCUGUUGAUGGAUGGCAACCACGGAGGCUCCUUUCUCGUGAGAACCAGCACCAGCAACCGCAAUAUGUACGCGCUGUCCGUGCGUCGCCAACGUCCCUCCGGCGCGCCGGACGUCAUCAAGCACUACCGGAUCCACAUGCAGCCCAACGGCACGUGCUACAUCAGCCAGCGAGCACAGUUCGAGUCCCUGGAAGAACUGGUCGACCAUUACAUGGAGCAAGACGACGACGUCUGUAAGCGGCUGAGGGAGCCCUGCUUCUCCCGGCUCCCCGGGGAAUCGCGCAGGACGAACGUGGCGCUGCCACCCCCGCCUAAAGCUGAGCCCCUCAGGGACUCGGUCCACUACUGGCAAAGCCUCCACAGGCAAUCCAGAUCGACGUGCGUGGAGGUUCUGUCCGCGAACAGAGUCAGCUACGGACUGCUGGAGAGCAUGCGGGAUCAUCUCAACUUUUCCGGGAUGAGGAGCGACAGCUAAAGAAUGACCGCUGGACACAGAAGUUGUUACCCAAACAAGCUAGCGGAGAGUUGGGUCUACCUUCACGGCCCCCGCUCGCUGCUGCUGUUGCUGCCGUCACUGUUACGCUGUGGCCGUGCUGCGGGAACAGCUGUAGCUGCUAAAUAAGAAUUAUGGCUGUUGCAGAACAUUUCCGCUGCGGGAGAGGCUCGGUCCGCCUGUGAAGGUUACCACCGAAGCAAAAUUUGGAAUGUAUUUUUUCAUACACAAGUUAUGCUCAACAAUGUAUCCGCGGGGCUUUAAGGAGAUUUGCAGGAGCUCCAUCUGACGCGAGCUCCAAACGCCCUCGCUGUGAACGGGAGCUUUGGACGGCUCGUAGUCUGGACGUGCGCACGACCCUUCUGCUCCAUCCACUGCUGGAUGAGGGACUCUCCUGUACGGCUCGCGUGGGG